UAGCCCUGUCGCUUCUUCGGGUGCAGCGGGCCAUCCAACCCUGGAUGAUCAUGAUUCAUGAACGGCUCGCAUUUGGUCCUUCGAGAAUCUGACGCCUCGCACUGACGAGAAGAUAGAUGCGCAUUGGGCCGACCUUUCGCCAGGUCCCAUAAGGUUCCAGGUGUGCUCCAACCCUUCUCCACAUUCCUCUGGAGCCCCCAAAGAUGCCGCUACACGAAGAUCCCGACCUGAAUAGCCUCUCUGCUGGAUCGUCAAAUGGCCUUGGCAGCGGCAAAGACGGAACAAAGAGGAAUCUACGGCCUCGACAUAUACAACUGAUUUCCAUGGGCGGGGCGAUCGGCACAGUCAUGUUUGUGCAGAUUGGUUCUGCGCUGGCGAUCGGUGGACCAGGGAGCCUGUUCGUGGCGUUUCUACUGUGGUCGACAGUCGUACUGGCGGUCAACAACUGCCUGGCGGAGAUGGUUUGUUGGAUCCCGAUCUCUUCACCCUUCGUUAGAUUCGCAGAUCGCUUCGUCGAUGAAGCUCUCGGCGUCGUGAGCGGGCUGAAUCUCUUCAUCUACAUCGCCAUCGGAAUUCCAUUCGAGAUGGCGGCGACGAAUCUGAUGCUCCAAUUCUGGACGGACAAGAUUCCAGUGCUCGCUGUUGUGGUGGCUAUGAUUAUAGCCUACACGGCCUUCAACGUGUUUGCCGUGCGGCUGUAUGGUGAGGUGGAGUUUUGGCUGGCGAUUGGAAAGAUUGUCUUGGCCGUGGGACUUUUCCUGUUCACACUGGUGGUGGCCCUGGGUGGCAAUCCCGAACACGAUCGAUUUGGAUUCAGAAAUUGGGAUAGCUCCAAAGUCCCGGGUGCUCCUUUUGCUGCGUAUGCGUUUCCGGGUGCGAGUGGUCGUUUCACCGGUUUCCUGAGCUGUCUUGUGCAAGCGGCAUUUACUAUGUCCGGUCCCGAGUACAUCGCAAUGACCGCCGGAGAAGCUGCGCAACCCCGUCGCACGAUGCAUCGAAGUUUCUCCUCCAUCACAUUCCGCCUGGUCAUGUUCAAUGUUCUCGGUGCCCUGUCUGUCGGGGUGCUUGUUCCACACUCCGACCCUGCCCUGCUUGGAGCCUCCGAGCAUGUCAAACGGGGUUCGGGAACGUCGCCGUACGUCAUCGCGAUGACGCGCCUGCGAAUCCCCUUUCUACCCCAUGUAGUCAAUGCGCUGGUGAUGUUGUCCAUAUUUUCUGCAGGGAACAGCUACGUGUAUACUGCCAGCAGAACGCUGUAUGGGAUGGCGUUGGAAGGACAGAUGCCCCGCGUCUUUUCUCGCUGCAGCAAGAGAGGUGUCCCGAUAUAUGCAGUUGGGGCCUCGAUGUUAUUCUCCUCGAUGGCAUUUCUCCAGCUGAAUAAAGCAAGCGCUGUCAUCCUGCAAUGGAUCACUCUUGUCGCCACUGUUGGCCUGAUGGUUGACAAUGCAAUAAUCUCGCUCACAUACCUGCGAUUCAGAGCCGCCCUCGCCGAUCAAAACAUCCCUCGUUCGUCUCUGCCGUGGUUCGGCCGACUGCAACCAUUCUGCGGUUAUUACGCCCUGAUUGCAUGCACAACGAUGAUAUUUCUCUCGGGAUACGCCGUCUUCCUUCCCGGUCACUGGAGUCUCACCACCUUUAUUUUCUCUUAUGUUUUGAUUUUGAUACUGCCUCUGGUAUUUGUAACGUGGAAAGUGGCGAAACGAACCAAGCUCCGCAAGGUGUGCGAGAUCGAUUUGUUCGAACGGGAGAGGGCAAGUGUGGAUGAUCGGGAUUGUAUGUAAUUAUUCAACAAAUACGGAAUCUACCAUUCAACGAAUACGUAUUUAAUUUCGCAUGCCUAUGCUGCCCAGGGGGACAUCUACGGUCGAUUUUCGGAUGCUGUGUCCCAACUAGAAAGCGUCGGCUCCGCCGACAUUCUGCCUUGCUAUUUGAUAUCAAAAUUGAUUAUAAUUUUUUCUUUGA